AUGUCUAAUAACGAAUCGAAGAAGCUUGAAGAAGAGCAAUCAACGGAGAAAGUGAAUUUGGAUAAUUCAGUACCAGAACCAACACCACCAGAAAAGCCAUUACCUGGAGAUUGUUGUGGGAGUGGUUGCGGUUCAUCUGAAAAUUUUAUGGUCAGUCUAAGAUCUGCGUUUACUAGCAACACCAAUAAUACAAACAACAAUAACAACAACAACAAUAAUCGUCAUCAACAUCACGAUAUUCUUUCACCUAUUCAAUUCAACAAAGGUUUUCUUGUCUCAACGGAUCUAUAUGGGUAUGUUAAUGGUGAAAUCAUAGAACCACCAAGAAGGAUUACAAUUAAUGGAAUUGAGGGAAAUCAAUAUAUUAUUGAUUAUCUUAAAAAGAUCAAGACAAUAUCCGACUCUUUAGCAGCAAUUGGUGAAAAAGUAAGUGAUGAGGAUUUGAUAAUGUUCUUGCUAAAUGGAUUAGGUAGUGAAUAUGAUGUCUUUGUGUUUUCUUCACAAAACAGAGAGACUCCAUAUACUUUUGGAGAAAUUAAGGCUAGAUUGUUAUCUCAUGAACAAUUUCUAUCUGAGAGGCAACAUCAAAGUACAAAUUUGUAUGAUGACCAAACUACUACUGCUUUUUAUGGGAGAAAUAGUUCAAAUGAUUAUAAUAACAACAGAAGAAAUGGUGGAUAUACUAAGAAUGGUAAUGGUGGAUCAUAUAAAAACAUCCAGUAUCAACAUGGGUCUAGCUCUAAUAGCUCAAAUGGUCAGUCACAUAAUGGAUCAAAUUAA